UGACCAUGUCCCCCUCACGGAAAGCAAGAAAAAGAAGGGACGUUUUACCUGUAAGUCAAAUCAAUGUGUCCGUUGAACGUUGAGUCGUGACGCUGUCAUUCCAUUUACCUCCAUUUCUCUACCUCUUUGGAUCUUGCUUCCAGACCAAUCAUUCAUCCACUGAAAAUGGAACCUUCCGAUCACUCUGCGACUGCCUCGCUUCUCGAUCCGCCCGUUCGCCCGAUCGCCCCUGCCGCUGCCUCCAAGAAACUAGCCCUCCUCCCCCUCGUCUUCCUCAUCUACUUCGAGGUUGCUGGCGGUCCCUACGGCGAGGAAUCCGCUGUGGGAGCCGCCGGCCCGCUCUUCGCCAUCCUGGGCUUCAUCGCCUUCCCCUUCAUCUGGAGCGUCCCGGAGGCCCUCGUCACGGCGGAGCUUGCCACUGCCUUCCCCGGCAAUGGCGGCUAUGUCAUCUGGGCCCACCGGGCAUUCGGGCCCUUCUGGGGCUCCCUGCUGGGCUCCUGGAAGUUCCUGUGCGGCGUCAUCAACCUGGCCUCGUACCCUGCCCUCUGCAUGGACUACCUCAAGCUGGUGUUCUCGGUUUUCGCCUCCGGCGUGCCCCGGUACGUCGCCAUCUUCUUGUUCACCUCGGUGCUGUCUUUCAUGAAUUACACUGGUUUAAGCAUUGUGGGCUACACUGCAGUUGGUUUGGGUAUUGUAUCUCUCUCGCCUUUUGUUGUGUUGACAUUGUUUGCAAUUCCCAAGAUUGAUCCUAAAAGGUGGAUCAGUCUGGGUGAGGUGGGUGUGGCUAAGGAUUGGACACUUUUCUUCAACACCCUCUUUUGGAACUUGAAUUUCUGGGACAGUGCAAGUACUUUAGCUGGGGAAGUUGAGAACCCCCAGAGGACAUACCCUAAGGCACUCUUCUCUGCUGGUUUGCUUGCUUGCUUGGCUUAUCUGGUGCCUCUUUUGGCUGCAAUUGGGGCGAUCCCUCUGGAUCAAGAGGAUUGGGUUGAUGGGUACUUUGCUGAUGCCGGAGAGUUGAUCGCCGGCGAGUGGCUCAAGAUCUGGAUCGAGAUCGGUGCGGUUCUGUCGGUCGUGGGACUUUUCGAAGCACAGUUGAGUAGCUGCGCAUAUCAGCUUUUGGGAAUGGCGGACUUAGCAUUUUUGCCCCAGUCAUUCGGGUUGCGAUCCACGUGGUUCAAUACCCCCUGGGUGGCGAUUUUGAUCUCCACAUUAAUAGCGCUGUCGGUUUCUUACAUGGACUUCGCGGACCUGAUCUACACUGUGAAUUUCUUGUACAGUUUGGGGAUGUUGCUGGAGUUCGCGUCAUUUCUUUGGUUACGGAAGAAAUUGCCCGCUAUCAAGAGGCCAUUCAAAGUGCCCGUGGCAAUGCCGGGUCUCGUGAUCAUGUGCUUGGUUCCAUCUUGCUUUUUGGUUUAUGUGAUGUCCGUGGCUUCUAAAAUUGUAUACAUAUUGAGUGCCGUGUUGACUGUCUUCGCGAUCUCUUGGUACUACUUCAUGAAGAUCUGCAAAUCAAGGGCAUGGUUCGGAUUCAAUGAUGUCCGUGAAAAGUUGGAUUAUGAAGAAUAGCCAGAGCUCUAGCACAUAUGAAGGUUGAGAUCGAGUUAUUCACGGAUAUGUUGAGAUGGGGCAUUCUGGUGUUCUUUGAGUUGUAAGGUUUUAGUUUCAAGCCCCAAAGAAGGAAAGGACGGUAUAACUCGAUCGCCUUUUCUGGAUGACUAAUAAUAGGAUUGAGACUAAUGGAAAAUUUUCCCUCUCCGAAUAGUUUUGCAGAAGAUAAGUUCAUCCAUGGAGAGUUAAUGGAAUCCAUUGUUCUAGGAAGCCCUCUCUGUAUGUACCAUGUAAACAAACCUGAAGACUUUUAAAGUGAAAAUGGAUAUUACAUGCUUUCUCCAGGAAGAGGGACCUAAAAAGGCGGUACUAUGAAUUCGACUUGAUGGACCAAAUCAUCGUUCAACAGAAUCAUGGUGUGGUGCAUGUGAUUGGUGUAGAUAGCAGGGGCAAAAAAUUUGAUGAGGAAGAAGACAGAUAGUCGGGGACACAUUUGAUAUCGGCAUCGUUUCUCAAUCCGAAAUGCUGCAAAACUAUUCAGGGGAACUAGUGGUCUGGAACUUCUCCACAACGGAACGAGUUUUGAUGAGACGAUCUUACAAGCGCGAAAAUGGACACCAUCUCCUGGAAUGGGAUGCGACGACGGCCUGAUUGGUUUUAGCCAUACUACAGGGAAAUCGAAGGGACUAAGCCGACCACGACAAUAGAUGUUCAGAAAUCUACAAGAGCUCACGACAACCUUUUCGACAAGUAGACACUGGACGUGGUAACUUUUCCUUCGGACUGGCAUUUUGACAGACUACGUAAUCUGAGAGCAAGAAAAGAUCUGCAGCAUAUGCCGAAGACAUGGCUCACCUAUGUGCCGAGUCAGAGAUCGAUGAGAAUGAGAUGCCUCUCUAAACUGUUCGUCAAGCGAGAAUAACUCAACACCGCAACCUACGAAUUCCGAAGACUUUAGAAUCAGGGUGUAACGGGUGGUUUUCGCAACAGUUUGUGCACAACUCAGUGUUCCUAGGAACAAUAUGCGCAGGAUAGAUUGUUCCUCAGGUAACCGAGCAGAAGAAAAAGGAGUGCACAAUGAAUAGUUCUAAUGGCCUCCAAUCCUAUGUACUUUCUACAAGAGAGAGGGGAGUUCGAUAGAAAUGUUAUUGUCGACCUUGUUGGAAAACAGAGCGUGUGAACAUAUUUGUUGGGCGUGGAGCAAAAGGAGACUUCUGCAAAAGGACAUGUUUGUAUGCAGGAAUUAUUGAAGCCCCACCCGUCGGACUCGAGAUUUUUCUUCGAAUGUCAUUAAAUAGGGCAAGAGCUUGGAACUAUCUGUAGAGCUGACCAUUGUGUAGGUGUUUCUAAGUUAGAUGACGCCGGCCUAUGUUAAUCGUGGCCCCACCCUCCCCCCCACAUCCCAUCUUUUUCUCCUUGCCAUUUUGGCUAAGAGUCCUUGGUCCACUUUUCUGGUAAUUUUGGUCCCAUGUAUAUUAUAUACUUUUAACUCGCAUGAAUCAUACCGCGAUACAU